AUGAAUAAUAUAAACAACGAUUAUGUCGGACACUAUACUAACGUCCACUACCAACCAUGUUACCCGAAGGACUUCGUUGAUAGCACCAAUCCUCCAACGCAAAUGCCUACUAAUUUGCUCGGACAAUCUCAUACUCAGGGUUUCCGUCCUUUUGCUGCCUCCUUUCCUCUCUUUCAUAACGUCGAUAUGACGUCUAUGAAUUCCAUGGAAUACAGAAAUACCAGAAAUACCGAAAAUUAUACAGGCAAUCAUGCACAAUAUCAAGAUAAUCCCUCAGCUUUUUAUUUCUAUCCGGGUAGCGUUAACACGCAAAACGGGCAGUUGAAUACUCUUCGGAGCGAUCAAGUCGAAACCCACACAAACAGCUCUUGUCCGCUCCCAAUAUCUUUUCAGACACUCUGUGGCCGCGACGUCCUUCAUUCUGAUACGACUGGUAAUCAUGUUCAACAUUUCGGUAUGACCAACAAUACAAACAAUACAUGUGUUUCAUAUAUUUUUACACGAAUACCCACAAGCAACGAAUACGUUGUUACGAGAGAAGAGCGUACUCAAUCAAUUGUAGGCAGGAUAUCGGCUGCUGCUAGCAUUGGCGAAAUGUUAGCUUUAACUCGGAGUGAGAAAGAAAAUUAA